AUGGAUUUCCUUCCAAUAGCAAGAUGUGAAGAGACAAUACAAAAUAGAUCUUUAGAUAGAAUGAAGAAACUAUUUGACUUGUUAAAAGAUAAUUUGGUCACUCUAGAUGAAGUUAUGUCACAAAAAGAAGAUUUAGAUUAUGAAUCAGAUGAAGAAAAAGAUAGCGAAGAGUUAGAUCUAAAUCCUAUAUUAAAUAAUGAAUCAGAUGAUUCCAUGACCAAAAUCAGAAAAUGCAAUCUGAUGCGAAGAAUAAAUUCUAAAAUUAAAAACAAACCACUGAAGAAUAAUAAAGAAAAUAGGUUUACUGAUAUAGAAAUUAAAGAUAGUUAUUAUAAACAUAAUGAUCUGUACGAAGGAUAUCUUUCUGCUUUAAAAGAUAUAUUUGUUGAACUUCUAGAGGAAUACGACGAAUCAUUUGAGCUAGAAUGA